AAGAGGGAGAGACAGCAUCAACCCCACUGUUCCGCCGCUCCACCGUAACAGAAGAUAAAUUUCCUUUUCGUUUCAUUUUAUUUAUUUUUAUUUUUAUUUUUAUUUUGUGGUAUUUUGCUUUGCAACUGCCACACGCAGAUGCCGUAAGCAGCAAUAAUAACAUGUGCGAGCCCACACGCAAUCUUUUCCCUCUCUCUCCACAUUUCUUCUUCUUCUCCUCCUCCGACACGACCUCCGUCUCUCACCAUUCACAAAUCGUCUCUCUUUCUCUCAUCAGGUGAAGAAGGUCUUUCUCUUUGCGCGUGUCCCGUUCUCUUCUCCAAUCCUCCACAGAACAUAAAACCCCCAAUUUCUCUUCACCAUUCGCACCCCGAAGAUUGAUUCAAUGGAGGUCAAGCUUUGGAACGACAAGCGCGAAAGAGAAAUGUACGACAAUUUUGCAGAGCUCUACGCCAUUAUCAAGGCUACCGAAAAGCUCGAAAAGGCUUACAUCCGUGACAUUAUUUCCUCCUCCGAUUACGAGACCGAAUGCUUCAAACUCAUUGCACAUUUCAAGACCCUCGCCUCGACGCUCAAGGACACAGUCCCGAGUAUUGAACGAUUUGCUGAUACUUACAAAAUGGACUGUCCGGCGGCGAUCAACCGUCUCGUGAUAACUGGGGUGCCUGCCACGGUGGAGCACAGGGCGGCCGCCGCUGCCUCCGCCACCACCUCCGCUGCUAUUGUGGCGGAGUGUGUGCAGAACUUCAUUACGGCUAUGGAUUCAUUGAAAUUGAACAUGGUAGCGGUUGAUCAGGUGCACCCCUUGCUCUCGGAUCUUGCUGCCUCAUUGAACAAAUUGACCAUUCUGCCCCCGGAUUUUGAAGGGAAAACGAAGAUGAAAGAGUGGCUUGGACGACUUUCGAAAAUGGGUGCCGCGGAUGAGUUAACAGAGCAGCAGGCUCGGCAGCUUCACUUCGAUCUUGAAUCUUCUUAUAAUUCAUUCAUGGCGGCUUUGCCUACUGCUGGUACUUGAAUGUUAAUGGUAAUCUGGUGUGUAUAUAGAUAUAAGAGCUUAUUGUUUUUGUCGUACUGCAUAAGUUCUCUUUCUUCAUAAAUCAAGAUGGGUUGUGCUCUUUUUCCCCUUUAA